AUGGCAUCGCCAGACAGAGCCAGCGGCAUGGGCGGCAGCCCCGAGGAGACAGAGCUCAGCAUCACACUGACCCUCCGCAUGCUCAUGCAUGGCAAGGAGAUCGGCAGCAUCAUUGGCAAGAAAGGAGAGACUGUUAAGAGGAUACGAGAGCAGAGCAGUGCGCGCAUCACCAUCUCGGAGGGGUCCUGCCCUGAGCGCAUCACCACCAUCACCGGCUCCACUGACGCUGUAUUCCGCGCUGUGUCCAUGAUCGCCUUCAAGCUGGAGGAGGACCUGGGAGCAGGGGGUGAUGGGGCAGCAGGCAGAUCGCCAGUGACACUGCGCCUCGUCAUCCCGGCCAGCCAGUGUGGCUCACUCAUCGGCAAGGCAGGAACUAAGAUCCGGGAGAUCCGGGAGAGCACAGGGGCGCAGGUGCAGGUGGCCGGUGACCUGCUGCCCAACUCCACCGAACGGGCCGUCACCGUCUCAGGGGUGCCGGACACCAUCAUCCAGUGCGUGAGGCAGAUCUGCGCCGUUAUCCUGGAGUCGCCUCCAAAGGGGGCCACCAUCCCCUACCACCCUGGCCUCUCCCUCGGCACCAUCCUGCUCUCUGCCAACCAGGGCUUCUCCAUGCAGGGCCAGUACAGUGGGGUCUCUCCCGCGGAGGUGACGAAGCUGCAGCAGCUGUCGGGGCACACGCUCCCCUUUGCCUCCCUGGGCCACGCACCCUCCAUGGUGCCAGGCCUGGACACCAGCUCCCAGAGCAGCUCCCAGGAGUUCCUGGUGCCCAAUGACCUCAUUGGCUGCAUCAUUGGCCGUCACGGCAGCAAGAUCAGCGAGAUCCGGCAGAUGUCAGGUGCCCACAUCAAGAUCGGGAACCAGACUGAGGGCUCCAGCGAGAGGCAUGUGACCAUCACGGGGACCCCCGUCAGCAUCACCCUGGCUCAGUACCUCAUCACAGCCUGCUUAGAGACGGCCAAAUCUACCUCCCAGGCGUCACCAGGCCCUGGCUCCAUGGACCUCGGUAUGGGCUUCUCCCAGCCCCUCGCCCCAGGCUCUGGUGCAGCACUGCCUGCCGUCGCUCCAGCCCCCCCAGCCCUGCUGGGCACCCCCUACACCAUCUCCCUCUCCAACUUCAUCGGCCUGAAGCCGGUGUCCUUCCUGGCACUAUCCCCAUCCUCUGUGGCGGGUCCCAAUGGUGGCACUGCCACCUACACGACCAAGAUCUCGGCAGCCAAUGGCACCAAGAAAGCUGACCGGCAGAAGUUCUCACCCUAUUGAGCCCCACCAGUGGGUGGGCAAGGGGGUCUGGUGUGCCACCCUGUGCCAGGGACACCUCCCCGCUGCCCACCCUGUCCUCAGCUGCUGCCAGGUGCCCCAUGCCCAGGUGGACCCCCUUGCUCCCCACCCCAGGGAAGGGAAGGGUCUUCCCAGCAGUGAUGCCUGCUGGAGGAAUGAGCUGCUCCGCUGCCUGCUGCCUGUUCCAGCAGUGCUGUGCCCCCCUCCCUGAUCUUCCUGCAUGGGGACCAUGUGCCCUGGUAUUGGCGGGGGGGCUGUCUCUGCUGGCUCAGGGUCCCUUCUCCCAUUGCCCUGUGCUGAGGUGGGACCCCCACCUCCUGCCCCUUGCCCUGCCCACCCUGCUGUCCUCCUGCUCACCCCCUGGCUAGCACCCAAAAGCCAGGUCCCACUGGAUGAGGGGCUGCCUGGCCUCUCUGGGGGUCCCCCUUCCCUUGGCUCUGGUGGGGGGCCCUCCCUGGGCCACCCUGGGGCACUCUCCUCCCAGCAACCCCAUCCAAGAGCCAGUCCCUGCUGGCUUGGAAAUGCUGUACAUAUAAGUAUAUUUUUUCCUCCUUUGUAACUUAUCAAUGGUUUAAUAAAAAGAUAAAAUUUACAAGAAAAAAAUA